GACAGCCUGACAGGUCAGCUAUAACUUGUCUAUGAUAUAUAGUGACUGUUGGCGAAGAGUGUCUGUUUUGUCCGUAUUUUGCUUUAAUUUUACGGCCAUGUGUGGUGAUAAUUACGUGUUUGAUAAAAUUUCUAGUGAUGAUAUCCACCACUGCAAACAGUAAAGUAAAAGCCCCCAAGGGAUCGGAGUUUGUCGACGCUCCAGAUAGGGAUGAAAUCGUACAAGAAAACACGGACGAUAAGGUCAGAGGUUAUGUUGGUGCGUACGAUGCAUCCUCGUCAUUUGGGGGACCGUCCAGAGACGGCAGGUAUCGGUCCCGAGGUCGUGUCACCGAGUUUAGACCGUCUCGAGGCGGUGGACGCGGAGGACGAGGUCGAGGCGGAUUCCCGCCCCGUGGAGACCGUGAGCCCCUAGACAACGCAUACAAUUAUCAGGAAACACUAAACCAGCCUUCGAACGACGCCUGGGCCCAGGGAAAUAGUAGCAGCAAAUUCUAUGAACGUCCAGAAUUGGUGGUUAAUCUACCCGAGGACCCGCGCAUCUCCAAGUUGUUGCGUCGCCUGUGCGCUGAAGUGGACAUGGAAAAAUCACUUGUAAUAUGCAGUAAACUCCAGGACGCUGUCAUGCUGCCUGAAAAUUCUCGAUACAUACGACGUUCAUACGACAUACUAGUUGAAUCACUUUUGGAUGUACUCUAUGAUGCUCCUGGACCUGAAACAAAGGAAGGUGCAUCAGUAGUUCUUGGUAGAAUUGGUUAUGUCAUGGGUCCUGAUUUCAGAAAACAUUUAGAUUGGGUGGCUGCUAGUUAUGCAGUCCAUAAUACUUCAAUCAAACAUUAUCUAACACUCUCAUUUACAGAAACCUUUCAACUUGAUUAUCAAACUCCUCACUUAGCUGAAUUUGCUGAAGUCACUUUAGACAGGCUCCAGACUAUCAUUGAAGGGACUGACUCAGCCGAUGUGUUUAUGUGUGCUAUCAACGCAAUGACUAUAUUGUCUAAUUCAUACCCAGAACAUUUUGCAAACCAUUUUGUGGAUACCGUGGAUAUACUGGUUGGAUGGCAUGUGGAUAAUGCUCAACCCAAAAAAAUUAAAGAUUUUGCCCUACAGUCAUUACUGAAGCUGAGUCGACACUGGCAGGCCGAUGUAGGAUUCUCUGUCAACCUCUUAAAUCAGUUUGUGGAAGACAUGGUAGCAUAUUCUACGGAAAUGGAACCAAAUCGCCCUGAAAAGCAAAAUGAUACCACUACACCAGAAGACUGCAUGCUUAAGAUAACAUCUUUCUUGAAUGUUUUCAAUACUGUUGUUAAGAGUUUAGGGACUCUGUUGAGCCCUACAGUAUCUCAGGUUGUUUCUUGGUCAUUUCUUAGUGAAGCAUUUACAAAAAUUUUGCAAGUUUUAACAAAGACUAUGAAGAAUGUUGCUGAAGCAGACCUUAUACUGGCAGGUAAUGAGUGCAUUUCUUUACUCUUGAAAUAUUUGCAAACAAAGUCUUCAUCUUGUUCUCCAGCCUUAUUUGCUUUGAUAUCUAAUGAGAUGACCAACUUUUUGCAAGGGGAGGAAAGUGUUAUUCUCAGCAUUAUUGACCUAGUAUCCACUGUUAUCAAGGAAAUAGCAUCCAACUUGCCAAUUGAGUUUAUUUCACAAACAAUUGGGCCUGAAUCACUUUUGCGUCCACUGCGUUACUCAGACAGUUCUCCUAUUUUAAAUAGUGUUACAUCCGUAUACAGUAAUUUGCUAAAUUUAAAAAACAUUCCUCUUUUGCAAGAAACAUACAAGUAUGUUUUGACAGAUAUUCAAAAUUCUUAUUCAGUUAUAAUACCUGACAUACAAAUCAUAAAACCAGAUUAUCAAGAAGAAGUAGAUAAAGAUAAUGCAGAGAAAAAUGUAAUAUUUUAUCUACAAUGUUUAUCAGAACUGGCAAAUGCAAGUAAUUCGAUAAUUGGUAUGUGGGCUUUACAGCCAAGCAUUCUGGAACUAUUAGCUAUAAAAAUGUGCCCUCAUGCUGAAAAACUAAUUAAGGAGAAGCCAGCUCUCCAUUACUCUGUGCUAUACUUACUUUAUUCCCACUGUAAAAAAAAUAAUCAUUUCAUUGCUUCUAGUGAUUUGGUUACAAAUACCCAGCAAAGAGCUAAUGAUAUCUUUGGACUAUCUAAUCUGAGCCUUGGUGAUGUAUCCAGCUCAAGCCCAACAUCUGGACAUUUAGCCGUUAUUCUCAAUACUAUAAGCAUGGUUUUGCAUGAAGAAGCCACAAAAGAAACUUUAAUAUUGGUUCUUAAUUGGGUAUCUGAUAUAUUUUGGCAGUUAGACAAAUAUUUACCCAUAGUCAGCAUGUCUAAAGGGUUUUUUGUUCUAACAACUAACAUGUUAUCAUUGGCAUAUAAUUUUGAUGAGGACAUAGUUUUACUUGUAAUGAAAAAUUCACAACAUUUACUUAAAAACAAAACCCUCACUUGGAAUGUUAUGGUAUUGAAAACAAUAGCAGUACUUUGCAUAUUACACAUUGACAAUCAAAAUAAAACAUUGUCCAAUAUUUGCAAAGAUGUACUAUUUGAUUUGCCUUGGGACAUUGUACAGUUGGAGCUUGACAAACAGCUCGUUAAAGUGUUCACUGCAAGAAAGAUGAGUUUGAAUGUCCUCAACAGUGACACCAAGGCUAAUUCCUUUAAAGAGUAUCUCAUGCAUGGAUCUUUUGCUGUACUUUCAAACCAGCAUUUUAAAUUAAUAAUGAACUGUCUUCUUAAAUCUGCAUUGGAAGAUAAGAAAGCUUUAGUAGAUGCAUUUUUAACUUCAUGGCCUUUACAAACUCCUGACCUUGAUGAAAAUAAUAUAUUAUUCUUUCGGCAAUGUGCUAUGAGAUUUUCAUCCAUUUGCGUGGGUUGGGCACUUUCAGAACUUGCUCAAACUUGUGUGUCUUUAAAGUUACGAACUAUUCUUGGCAAACCACAUGAGACAUUCAUGAAAAUAGAGGGAGCAUUAAAAGGGAUAGCCAGAGAGAUAUCUUCUCAUGAUACUAAAUAUAUAGGCGAUGAUCAACAAAAUAUUGUGGAAGUUGUGACAUUAGAACAAACAAGGACACGUUGGAUAACAGAGUUCAUGAUGUUCUUAGAGAAAUACAUUUACAAUGCUGCUGAGGGCACUGCUAUAGUACUGCCAGCUGUUAAUAAGCCUGUAAAGACUUUUUUCCACACAAACUGGCCUACAUGUCGAGAGUGGUUGACCAGAGUUCGUCCCGCUGCACUUGCUGUCAGUUUAUAUGCAGGACAUUUUGGUGCUGCCAUCUAUCACGCUUCCCUCAUACUGCAAACGGCUGCUAGUUCUAACACCAAUAUUGACGUUGAAGCGAUUACGAUAAGCAUUGCCAGGGCCCUUAUCAAAAUUGAAGAGCCAGAAGUGUUACUUGGUUUAUACGUGUGGAUCAAACAAAACUUUGAUAAAAAAUUGCUCUGGCUAAAAGGAGCUGCUGAACAGGCAAAUUCUAAACACGAGUCAGCCAUAGAUUACUACAAGAAAAUAAACAGCUUAAGUCCCCAGGAAGAAUCGGGGGAAAAGGAAACAGCGUCACAAGUAGAUUCAAGGAGUAACAAGUUUAUUGAGGAGCAAAUCAUGGAAAGUUAUAAACACAUACAAAGCUGGGAAGAUAUGCAGGCAUGGGUAGAAAAAGAUCAGUUUAACGCAAAUAGUUCACAGUGGAGCUAUUUAUCGACGUUAAAGUUUUUCGAAGAUGCUACAGAAAUUCCUGAAGAACUCAUUAACUGGGAUAUACUUGAUAGUGAAGCUAAUGAGAUUCCCAAGAACUCGUGCUCGUACCAAGGUCUCUUGAAUAAAAUUGAAUUGACUCUCAUGUGCACUGCAGUUAAGAUGUACAAUAGUGAUUACAAUGAUAAAUAUGAGGAUUUGUUAAAACAAUGUGAUUUGUUACUCAAAUCACAAGCAGAAGAAUUCUCCAGAACAAAUGCCGUACAUUUCUUAAAAGAGGUAGCAGUAUUGCAAUUAGCUAAUCAUGGGCUAAGCAACAUUGUAAAGAGUGGAAAGCUUGUUACUAAUCCCUUUAAACCCUCAACAGUAAAGGAGUUUAAGUAUGGUACUGAAUUUAAAAACUUAAGCAGAAUAUUAUGGUGGAACCAAUAUUUUACUAAACUAAAUAUGACAGAAGAAAAUGUAUUUUAUGCAGAAUGCCUUCGGUUAGAUGUAAUUAAAAGUGCAAGAAAAAAUGCAAACUUAGAAAUGGCCAAGAGAGAACUCUUAAAUCAUUUUAAACAAAAUUCAGCUUUCCAAAUGUGUUUAGGACAAGUUAAUAACUUGGAUGACUUAAGCGAAGCACUUCUUUUAUCUACUAACACUUACGACCUUGAGAUUUGGACUCUUAACAAUGCUACUGCGUUGGCGGAGCUUUGUAAAUUGACUUAUGUAAAAGAAGAAACUAAAAUACGCGCUGUCAAUCUUUGUGCCAGCAUUGCGUAUGGAUUUUCUCAGAGAUUAGCAAUGGGCGAACAAAGUUAUGAAUUGAGAGAAAAAGGGACUAGACUACUACUUACGCUGUCGAAAUGGGUCCAAAGCGAGACUGAGAACAUUUUAGAAGUCGACUCACCCUUGCUAAAACUAGUGUCUGUUCUACCAGAAAUUGGACUCGUGGAUAACAACAUAUCAGAGAAUGUUAUUCCUGUGUCGGAUUCAGCCGUGGGUAAAUUACUACAAUUUGGUGUGAAUCAAUGCCCCGGACUGGCUAAAGCUUGGGCUAAUUUUGCUGCUUGGUGCUUCAGAUGGGGUCGAAAAAUGGUUGAGUUCAGUUCUAAAACUCGAGAACAGUUGACAGAAAAUGAUAAAUUACAGAUAGAGAGCGUUAUGAUUGGAUGUGCACCUCAAGACUUUGAAGCUGUUUGUGAAAUAUUGUCUAAAACGAAAGCUACUUGCGAUGAUGAAGACAUUGAUUGGAACGAAAUCAAUACUUCUGAAAUGAUAGAGAGUCAGCUUCGAACUGUACCGUCUUUGAGUAACGCUUUCCCUGAACACCUUGCAUUAUUAGUGGACAUUUGGCGCCAAGCGCAAAAGCGAGUAUUCUCUUAUUUCGAACUUUCGGCUGACGCUUACUUUAAAUUUCUACAGCUUAUUUGUGCAUCAGACUAUAUAAACCAUAGUGGAGAAAAUGCGGUAGUUAAUGCCACAUUGAGACUUUUACGUUUGAUAGUAAAACAUGCUAUGGAAUUGCAAACAGUUCUGGAAUCUGGAUUAGCUAACACUCCCACUCAACCCUGGAAAGUCAUUAUUCCCCAAUUAUUUUCCCGUCUCAACCACCCGGAAACUUACGUGAGAAAGUGUGUAUCUGACUUAUUGUGUAGAUUGGCCGAAGAUACCCCGCAUUUAAUUACUUUCCCAGCAGUUGUUGGUGCAGUGGAAAAUGAGCAAAAAGAUUUACUAGAAUUAAAUGUUGCUAGAUCUUAUUUAAGUAAUGCCACAUGCAGUAGUGAAGAUAAUCUUGAUGUAGAAGACUCUCUUAGUGAUAAGGUAAUCAAUAACGAACUUAACUCUUGUUUCUUGGAUAUGGUAGAAACACUUGCAAAACAAGCGCCUAAAACUAUUUUGCAAGUUAAGUUAUUGGUGAAGGAGUUACAAAGAAUUAAUUUACUUUGGGACGAACUAUGUCUGGGUACUUUAGUUCAACAUCACUCUGAAUUUACAAAGAGGCUUUCACAGUUAGAAAUGGAAGUAGCCAAAGUAAAAAAUAAUUCUCAUUUGUCUGAAGAAGAUAAAGACAAACUUAUCAAAGAGAAACACCGCAUUAUAUUUGAACCAAUUGUUUGUGUGCUGGAGCAAUUGUAUCAAGUGACUUCAGCAAACCCCGAGACACCACACGAAGUAUCAUUCCAAAAUAAAUUCCAGUCCCUUAUUGCGGAUGUUAUAGAAAAACUGAAAAACCCCGCGAAUCCAGAUAAACCGCAGGACUCAUGGGCACCGUUGAAACAACUGCAAAUAAAAUUGCAGCAAAAAGUUAACAAAAGAACGUCAUACAUUUUGAAAAUGUCCGAUAUAAGUCCUGUUUUAGCAGAACUUAAAAAUACUGUAAUCACUAUGCCAGGAGUACAUACAAAUCAGCGUGCCGUAAGAGUUACGAUAAAAGCAGUGGAAAAUAAUGUGGCUAUAUUGCCUACAAAGACGCGGCCAAAAAAACUUGUCUUUUAUGGGUCAGAUGGAAAAGCUUAUACGUACUUGUUUAAGGGAUUGGAAGACUUGCAUCUAGAUGAAAGAAUCAUGCAAUUGCUAUCUAUAACUAACACAAUGAUGGCCAGGGAUUCUGAAAACAACGACAACCAAACUUAUAGAGCGCGCCAUUACUCAGUAAUACCUCUGGGUCCUCGAUCGGGGUUGAUUAGUUGGGUAGAUAAUGUGACACCCCUGUUUGCGUUGUACAAACGUUGGCAAAACCGAGAGGCUGCUAUUUUAUCUGCUAAAACUAACAAGACUGUGAAUGUGUUGCGACCAUCGGAGCUGUUCUACAACAAGCUUAAUCCUCUAUUGAAAGAAGCUGGCGUAUCAACAGAAAAUAGAAAGGAAUGGCCCGUGUCGAUAUUGAAGCAAGUUCUGCACGAGUUGUCGACGGAGACUCCGCGUGAUUUACUGUGGAGAGAGUUAUGGUGCAGUAGUGUGAGCCCUGAGCAGUGGUGGCAGAUGACGCGUCGGUACAGUUACUCAGUGGCCGUGAUGAGUACGAUAGGCUAUAUAAUCGGACUUGGUGACAGGCACUUGGACAAUGUUUUAGUGGACCUUACCUCUGGUGAGGUGGUGCAUAUAGACUAUAACGUGUGCUUCGAGAAGGGCAAGACGCUGCGGGUGCCGGAGAAAGUGCCGUUUAGGAUGACACCCAACUUGGUGACAGCCCUCGGCGUGACAGGAGUCGAGGGUAUCUUCCGGCUGGCGUGUGAGCACGUGUUGCGCACUAUGCGACGCGGCCGGGAGACGCUGCUGACCCUGCUGGAGGCGUUCGUGUACGACCCGCUGGUGGAGUGGGGCGGCGCCGCCGGCUCCGCGGGCAAGCGCCGCUGCACCGCGCGUGACGUGCGCUCAGCACUCGCCAUGAUGGCAGUGCGCACGCAGGAGCUUGCACAUCAAUUCACUGAAGUCACAGAACAAUUCUUAGCCGUAUUACCCGACAUCAAAGAAUGUGCCGAAAAGUGGCUGAAGGAAAAUGAGGACCUAAAGUCAGUCGAGACACGCUUGCAGGACUGUCACCAACAGAUGGCUUUGAUUAAAGAAAUAGAAGCGUACGGGCCGAAUCUAAACAACCACCCGUUGUACGCUAUAUCUCAGAAGUAUUCGUCGUAUAAACAAGCGAAGAACGCAGUGGAGGACUCGACGAAGGCUUUAGUGAAGAUACUUAACGAGUUUGAUACUCAGAUAGAAAACUUCGCAGCCACCACGGAAGCUAUCAAUGGUCCACAACUAAUGGCGUGGGUGCAAGAAUUUUCCGGUGCCGACGAAGAGGAACAGCCGAUAUUCGAACAUAUAAAAGAGUUCCUUACUAAUGCGGGACAAGCAGCCAUGAUAUCACAAUGCGAACAAGCUGAGACCGAGCUGUAUCAAAGCAUGAAGCAGACCCACCACCUCGUCAGGUCCUGUCUCGAACUACUCUCGCAGUACGUGGCAGUGUCUCAGUACUACCCACAAAGUCACACCGAGUACCACCGAGUGCUCGUGCUCAGGAAGUUAGUUGCUGCAGCACUGGAGAGUAAGUCUCCUGAAGUGUGUCGCGACGUGGCCAACCAAGUGGCAGCCCUCAUCAAUGCUGAGAGCAACAAGGGCGACACAUCGCAGCAAAUCAUUAGCUACAACUAUCGUCUGCAGAACAUGAAUGCAGAAGCGAAUGCUAAUUUGACCAAAGCUAUAGAAAGACUGCAACUAGAAGGUGGUCCCGAUGCACUGGUAUUAGCUCAAGAAGCUUACAGAGAAGCCAAAACUAACAUCAGUAACUGGGUGAGGACGGAGGAAGGCGCAGCGGAAGCUCUGGAGUCUGUAGUCAUCGGCAUGCUCUGCAACCUGAACAGGAGAUACUUAAUGCUGGAGAAUGGAGCCCAGAGCGCAGGAGACUGUCUCGUGGACUUGACAUCUAGAGAGGGAGAGUGGUUCCUCGAUGACAUGAGCACACUCUCCAUGCAAGCGGUCGAGCUACUCUCGCUGCUGCCCUUACAGUCAGCGUCGGCUGAAGACGCCGCCAUGCCGGUCGCUGUGGAAUGCGUCCGAAAUGCGAACCUACUCCUAGCAGACCUAGUGCAACUGAAUUACAACUUCAGCACCAUCAUUCUGCCUGAAGCGCUGAAGAAGAUACAUUCUGAAGACCCGUCCGUGCUAUUGAUGAUCAGCGAACUGAACGCAGUGAUCGUGAACUCCCCGGUGCCGCUCAACGAGCUGCUGUCGCAAUUGGAGCUCCAUCUUAGAUAUCUAGUUAUGGAUAUGGAAUCUCCAGCUAGCUCGGCGCCCCUACUAGCAGCCGAGGUGCGCACGCGGUACGAAGCUCUCCUGUCCGCGCCUGCGAAUGAGGCGGAGGGUCAGUCCGCGGGCCGUAUGUUGCUGAUGGGCUUCAACGGACUCUUCGCAGCCGUGGAGCUGCGCGCCAGGGAGUUGGCUGAUCAUCUCGCGAUACCCAUCCCUCCUGCCUGGAGAAAGAUCGAUCAUAUCAGCGAAUCAAUGCAUAUGUCGGCGGCGCUGCAGAACCCUGCGGUGCGGUCGGUGCUGGAGGAGGUGUUCCUGGUGCGGCGCGUGCGCACCGUGGCCGAGGUGUUCGCCAUGUGCGCACAGAUGGCGUGCGCCUUCAAGGGGACCGGACCGCCCACUCUCUACGACGACACUGCGCUCUGCAAACCUGUCAGGAGGUUCACGGCGGAGUACGUGUCCCGCUGCGUGCUGGGCGUGCAGUCCAAGGCGUUGGCCAGCGUGCUCUGUCUGCUACUGCGCCGCGCCAACCUCGACCUGCACGCUGAGGUCGAACAGAAGGAAAUCGGCGCAUCAUGGAGCGUAUCAUUGGAGUCACUAUGUGAGAAGGCGCGGCGCCGUGCGGGUGGGGGCGCAGGGCGCGAGCGCGGCGCAGGGCUGGCGCGCGGCCUGCAGGCGGCGCGCGGGCGGCUGGCGCGGGCUGCGCGUGCGCAGGGCGAGCAGGCGCGGCGCGCGGCCGCGGCGCACCGCGCGCGCCUCACGCAGGCGGCGCACGCGCAGCUGCACGCGGCGCAGCUGGCGGCCGGCCCCGAGCCCGGCGCGGCGCUGGCGCGGCGCGCGCGGGACCUGGCCGCCGCCGCCGACCGACUCGCCGCCGCCAGCGCCAAGGCACACACGCUGCUCACCUCCGCACACCAGAGAGUGAAGUGGGGUGCGGGGGCGAACCCCGCGCUGGCGGGGGUGGCGGCGGGGCUGGCGCGGGCGGGGGGGGAGGCGGGCGCGCGCGCCGCCGCGCUGGCCGCCGCCGCCACCGCGCUCGCUGCGCACGCGCACGUCGCCGCCACGCACACGCACCCGCCCACACACUACGCGCCGCUCACUGCCGCGCUCGCGCACUUCGAGAAGGCAUGUACACUGGCACAGAAGUACUCCCUGAAGGUGUCUCCGGUCGAGGAGUCACUCAUGGAGAUGUUACAUCCGGAAGGAAACAUUGACACACAAUGGGUGGACAACGUGUCGGCCCUGCUCCGCGAGAUGAUAGCGUCGCAGAGCGCGGAGAGCGCGGCGCUGCGCACGCGCAGGCAGGCGGCCGGCGACGCCCUGCGCGCCGCCGCCGCCCGCGCGCUGCCGCCCGCCGCCGCGCGCGCCGCGCUGCUCGUCGACGUACGCGCGCCCCUCGCCGUGCUCGCCGGCUGCGAGGGCAACAACCCGGCCGCGGAGUUCAUGUCCCGCGAAAAGAUAAUAAGCGAGCACCUGUCGGCGCUGGCGGCAGUGGCGCGCGACGCGGACCCUCGCGCCGUGGGGGGGGAUGCGCGCCCCGUAGGGGGGGCCGCCCAGGCCGCCACUUACUUGCUGCAACAUCUCGCCGCGCACCAUGACGCGCUGCAACAACUUCACAACAACUGGCCAUCGGAAGCCACCGGGCGCCGCCUGACGCGGCAGGCCGCCCUCGGAGCCGGGGCGAAGCCCGGCAGCAUCAGACAAGGCGGCGAGCGCAACGCGGUGGGGGCGGGCGUGUGGAAGCGCGUGCGCCUGAAGCUGGAGGGGCGCGACGAGGCGCUGGGCGCGCGCCGCCUGGCGCUGGCCGACCACGUGGACGCCGUCAUCCGGGACGCCGUGAGCUGGGGGAACCUGUGCCACAUGUACGAGGGCUGGAUGGCCUGGGUCUGAGCCCCCCGCCGCCGCCGCCCGCCGCGCCUGCGCCCUCCGGCCCGCGCGCCCGCGGACGUCGCCAGCCCGCGCCCCCGCGCCCCCGCGCCCCGCGCCACCCGUCGGCCCGCAGCCCGGCCCGCGCCCCCGUCGACCGUCGGUCGGUUUUGGAUCGCGUUUUUACUAGUUUUAUCGUUUUGUUCGUUUCGGUCAGCUAUGGGCGCUGUCGGCUCGGGCCGCACUAGGGUAACAUUAUGGUUUCGGUAGAAGCCGCCGGCUCGCUCGGCGCCGGCGCCCACCAACCGGGGGCGGCGCCCGAGGCCGAGUCGGGCGCCGCCCGCCGGGCGAGCUCCGACUCUCGGCGUAGUGUCACUCGGUGUCUCGGCGCCCCGCCCCGCGGGGUCGCCUGUCUCGACCAUCGUAUCACUAACAUGACGCAGUCCUUGACACCCAACUAUUUCAUAUUACAGAAACAUAGUUGUUACUUCGAGUACUAUACCGGUCUGGUGUUAUUUUCAACUAAAUUUAAGUAAAUGUUGUUUGUUCUACCCGUACAAUAGCGUGUUUAUUUAAAUAAACAUCUUCAAGUCGAGGCGACAAAAUUUUACAUUUAUGUGACGACAUUGGCGUACAAAAUUUAUUUGUAGCUCAUAUAUAAUAUUUUUAAUAAAAAACUUAAAAAAAAAAACAAAAAAAAUGAGAUAACGAAUCGAACUGUGCAGAAUGGAAAAUACUGAUAUAUUCAUUUUUCUUUCGUAGAAGUUAUUCGAACGACGACGUACGACGUACAUCGUACGACAACUCUGAAGUAUCGAGCAGUAGUGCCGCUCACUGUCUAGGUUUAUAUUCCAUUUACUAACAGUUUACAUAGAAAACUGAAUACAUAGGAUUCUUUCUGCACGUCUCUCGCUAGCUUCAGUAUAAACGUAUUCAUGUAAACGCAAACACACGUACUGUACUAACUGCAGUGCAGUCUAUAAUGUAUCUUAAUGUAGUAUUAAUUUAGUUUACUCGUUUCCUGUCUAACUUCAGUUCCAACACGAGUUACGCGUCACCCUUUACUGUUGCUGUCGCUGUUUGUCUUUUAGUAUUUUCGUGCAAAAACCACCCUUAAAUCUCACUCCUUACAUAUUUUUCGAUAAUAAUCUUCCGUGUAAGUCACCAAUCGUGUUGCUCCUACUAUUUAUAACAUCACCUUAUGGGUUGAGACUAGCACAUGUAGACGGAUGACGCCGUAGUUUGAACAAUUUUAAUUUAUAUACAGAAGAGUGUAUGAAUACCUUGGAAUAUUUAGCAAGAAAUUACCCGUUCGUAAAACAAACAAUUACCUUCUGAUAAAAAAUAAUUCCGUUGUAAUGUUUUAUUUUUUAACCGUAUUUACUAUGUAGUGCGUGUGCAUUUCAAAACGCAUAAAAACGAUUCAGAUUAUUCAAAGUCAACAUUUUCGAUCAUAAAGACUACCAAAGUAAAGUUAAUAUGAAAUGAGGUUUUGAUAAAAUAACAAUUUUGAAAUUGUCACAAAAAACAGUUGAAUACAGAAUUUUGCGCCGCAUUUGUAAUUUGUUUAACAGGGAAUGAGUAUUUAGUAACAUAAUAUAUUAUAUAUCGCAUACCGCAUUAUGUAACCUUCACGCGCGCCUGUGUGUGUGGGUGCAAGCAGAGUAACUGUGGCAGAGUGUUUGUGACGGUGGAUGCAUUCAAGACACUAUACGCGCAUCUACAUAUUAUAUUCUACAUAGAGAACACUUGUCUUGUCGUAGUAAAUGUUAGACGUCUCUCAGUAACGGACGAUAGUAUUGUAGAAACGCGUACAAUGUACAACUCAAUAGAUAUAAGUAAAAUUAGAUUGUAACUUGUGAGAACUAUAAGUUCCCCGCAACCUGCCCGCUUGGUAUCAAAUAGUCGCUCUUAGAGUAAUAAAAUUAACAUAGAGAGAAUAAUAUGAGUCAAAGUAAUAACAGUGGAUGUUGUGUACCGACACGUACGUAUUAUGUAAACGAACGCGUGUUGUCGUCCCCCAUCAUAUUGUUAAUGUACCAUGUCUAUCUGUUACCUAGUCUCCUGUCUGAACCGUAGCAAUGCAUCCAUCGAUUUAUGUUUGUAACGCUUCAUAUUAAAAUAAAUGGUGUAUGUAGCAA